GGCAGUUUGGCGGGGGCGGCUGCGCGCGCACUCUUUGGUUUUCAGGUCGCCGCCGCCAUGGCGUCGCCGCCGAGUCCGGCUUCCAAGAUGGAUAUCGAGAACGCCACGCAGCACCUCCGGGAUAUGCUGAAGCUGGACCGGGUUACCGAGUCAACGAUCGACAACCAAAAGAAAUCCACAUCUUACAAUGGAGAACUAAAUGGAUUGCUGGUUCCAGAUCCCAUUGGAGCUGGAGAUGGGCCCAUUCUCAGAGAGUCAAACAGUGCAAAUUUGGAGAAGCUGAACUUACAGGAAAAUCAGGAGAUAUACCUCUCGGGUGAUGACAGUUCAAAUUGUGUUAUAUCUGCCAAAGAAGUGGAAAUUGUGGCAAGCAAUGAUUCUAGCAUCAGUAAUAAAGCCAGGGGUAGCAACAAGGUAAAAAUACAACCUGUGGCAAAAUAUGAAUGGGAGCAGAAAUACUACUAUGGUAACCUCAUAGCAGUGUCCAAUCAGUAUCUGGCAUAUGUUAUCAGAGGGGCUAAUGGCAUUGGCAUGGUACGUGUAUUGAGCGUUGGAAUGGCUGAACGGACUUUACUGAAAGGAUUUACUGGAGGAGUUGCUGAUUUGAGUUUUGCACACCUCAACUCUAAUCAACUAGCAUGUGUUGAUGAGGCAGGAAACCUAUUUGUCUGGCAACUUAAUGAAGAAAAUGGGAAAAUACAGGAAAAGAUCGUAGUGCACAUCAAGAGACCUGAGGGAACACCUUUAAAUACAAACAGGAGGGUCAUCUGGUGCCCCUUUAUUCCAGAGGAGAACGAUGAAAAUGAUGAAGGAAAUCAAACACUUGCUGUUUUACAUGAAGAUAGGGCUGAAGUUUGGGAUCUGGAUAUACUAAGAAACAGUAAUAGUGUCUGGCCCAUUGAAGCAACAGAUAUAAAAGAAGGCUUUAUCAUUGUGAAAGGGCACACAGCAAGAAUCAGUGAAGGUGCAUUAUCCCCAGAUGGAACAGUCCUUGCCACUGCGAGCCAUGAUGGAUAUGUAAAAUUCUGGCAGAUCUACAUAGAAGGGCAAGAUCAACCGAGGUGCCUUCAUGAGUGGAAGCCCCAUGAUGGAAGACCAUUAUCAUGCCUACUUUUUUGUGACAAUCACAAAAAGCAGGAUCCAGAUGUCCCUUUCUGGCGUUUCUUGAUCACUGGCGCAGAUCAGAACAGGGAGCUGAAGAUGUGGUGUACAGUGUCAUGGACCUGUUUACAGACCAUCAGGUUUAUGCCUGACCCUUUUAAUACCAAUAUACGCCCAAGCCUGAAAGCCAGCUUGGAUCUCUCUGCAGAAUACCUAAUCCUCAGCGAUGUACAGAGAAAAGUGUUGUAUGUGAUGGAGCUACAUCAGAACCAGGAUGAAGGCAAGGCCCAUUUUGUCUCCAUAUCUGAGUUUUUGCUUACUCACCCAGUGCUUAGCUUUGGCAUCCAGGAUGUCAGCAGAUGUCGCCCGAGACACACAGAGGUUCUACCAGCUGAGGAAGAGAGUGACAGUUUAAAUGCAGAAGGAACCCCUGGCCCUGUUGAAUCUUCAGUAGUGCAGAUAAAAUUAUACUGUGUACACACCAAAACACUUCAGGAUGUGCAGAUUUACUUCCAACCAUAUCAGAAUCCCGAAGAACCUGUGUUAAUGUCAUCUGUUGCCUCCCAUGAAGAUUUCACAUUCACAGAUCAUCUAACAGAUGUGAGCAUUGAGGGGCCAGCAUCUGAUAAGGGCUCUGGCAGAGGUUCGCAGCAUGAUCUGCGGCGUAUAGUAGAUCUUCCAGUUCCUACAGACUUCCUUUCUGUCUCCAAUGAUGUGAAACCAAAAUUAAUGACUCCAGAUGCUUUCAUGACUCCUAGCACUUCACUUCAACAGAUCUCUGUGUCACCAGGGAGCAGUGUAAGCACUUUGACUGCAGUGACUGGUUUGAGUAACAGCUCUGUUAAUGAGACUGGAACAACAAGACCUGCUGAAGACCUGUGCCUAAGCCCAAAGAUGACAUUGGAGAAUGUCACUCUCAGUAAUAGCACAAGCAGCACUGUUCAAGCUAGUCCGAGGAGCAACUCUGUACAGCUUAUCCCAGGGCUUUCUGACCAACUACCCUCAAAACCUCUUCAGGUUCCUGGUGCUAACUCAUCGCUUCCUCUGGAGCUUCAGUCUGUGGACCCUCUCUGUGUGCCUCAAAGUUCUCCAACACGGGAACGCUCCCCUGAUGUGAUCUCCUCAGCCUCCACAGCAUUGUCACAGGACAUUCCUGAAAUUGCCUCAGAGACCCUUCAGCGUGCAUUUUCAGGUUCUGUGUUAGCCACUGAGGUCCUGGAACCGACUCAGCAUAUAGAUAGCAUGGCUUCUGCUGCCUCAGCACUGCAUCUAUUAUCUCCGAGAAGUAGACCUAACUCGGAACAUAGCCAUCACUCUCUGGAUAUGCCUCAGGUGGAGGUGGAGCGGUUGAGUACUCCAUCGCUCUUAGAAACUGUCUUGUCUCAGGAGAAUACAGCAGCGGACAAUGUUACCAGCCAACCUUGGCCAGCAGCACCUGACAUUACCCGAGAAACUCGGAACAGCAUCAAUGAGAGCUCAAGAGAGGAUAUGCAGGAGAAGCAUAAGAACUCCACCUUUCACAGGCAUCCAUAUCAGUUACACCAGCACGAUAGCCAGGAUGCCAGUGCUGAACAGAGCGAUCAUGAUGAUGAAGUAGCAAGCCUUGCUUCCACGUCAUGUAGCUUUGGUUCAAAGUCUGCUUCUCACAGACUUCCAGCUAAAGACUGGAAAUCAAAAACAUCUCCUCGAUCCUCUCCCAAAUUGAGAAGAAAGAGCAAAAAGGAAGAUGGGGAGAUCACACAAUCCCCACGGUCAGAGCAGCAGCAGCAGUUCAACACAGACCAGGAAGAGUUGCUCUCUCUCUUACGAAGCCAACAGAGGGAGCUCUGUGAAUUGAGACAGAACCAGUUAGAGCUUAUGCAGAGGCUCACCGAUCAUAUGGAUGCAGUGCAAGGCUCCAUUAUGGGUCAUGUGGAACGGAUUAUGGUCACGCAGCAAGAACAAGAACAGAGGCGAACAGAUAGGAUCUUGGCAGAAGGACGUGAAAGAAGUGGGCAUUUUCAGGAACAGCUGUCUCAUCAGCUCUCUCAGAAUUUGGCGAAUUCUAUUGGUAAUCGUAUUGAGAAGACUGUUCGGGAUGAGAUGAAGAAAACUUUACCACAAUGUAUUUCCAAAAAUUUGGAGCCAGUGUCAGGUCAACUGAAUAACCACAUUACAACCAAGCUUGCAGCAAUUGAAGGAAUAUUAAAAGAGAAUAUAACAAAAAUGGUAAAAUCAAAGAAUAUUGCAGAGAGUAUUGGAAGAGCUGCAGCAGACGCCUUGCAAGGACCGAUACAGUCAAGUUACAGAGAGUCGUUCCAGAGUAUAGUUGUACCUGUAUUUGAAAAAGCUUGUCAGUCAAUGUUCCAGCAAAUAAAUGACAGCUUCAAGCAAGGAACACAAGAAUAUAUCCAGCAACUAGAGAUCCACCUUCAGUCCAAGAAGGCACAAGAGCAAGAAAUCCGAGAUCCUCUGAUUAGUCAGCUGCAACAAAUGAUUGACCGCUUCCAGAAUGCCACUGAUCACCUUGCUGCCACCAUCACAAAUGGCAUGCGUUCAGAAGUGCAACAUCAGCUUCACAUCAUUGUCAGCAACUUACAGGAAUCGAUUCUGACUCAAGUACAGAGAAUUGUGAAAGGCGAAGUUGGCCUAGCAAUGAAGGAGCAACAAGCUGUUGUUACUUCCAGUAUUAUGCAGGCCAUGCGUUCAGCUGCUGGGACCCCCAUUCCAACAACUCACAUGGAUUUCCAAUCCCAGCAGGCUCACAUCUUGCAGCUGUUGCAACAGGGACAACUUAACCAAGCAUUUCAACAGGCAUUGACUGCGGCAGACCUCAACCUGGUACUUUAUGUAUGUGAAACUGUGGAUUCUCAGCUGGUCUUUGGUCAGCAUCCUUGUCCUCUGACCCAGCCGGUUUUGCUUUCACUUAUUCAGCAGCUCUCCACUGAUCUCAAUUCACGCACAGAACUAAAACUCAGUUACCUAGAGGAUGCAGUCAUGAAUCUGGAUCACACAGACCCAGUUGCUAGGGACCACAUGGGCUCUGUAUUGAAUCAAGUCAGACAGAAACUGUACCAGUUCAACCAGGCAGAACCUCACAGUAGUGUGAGCAAAAGAGCUCGGAGACUUAUGAUGAUGCUUCAAGGACUGGUGACUCCACUGAGCUAAACUGUAGUCAAUAGCUGAUGGCAUUUUCAUGAUCUGUAAGGAUUGUGUUAUAAUUAUACAAUUCACAUAGCUGUAUGUUACUAAUUAAUCUUUUUUUAAAAUCAAACUCGAGGGCUUGUGUGCCUCUCAUCUGUGGUAAGAAAACUAUGGUUGGAGCCACAGGUUAGAGCAGUACCCUGAUGCAUAAGCUGCUUCAAACAUGCUCUUUUUCAACUUUCCUCUAAUCUGUUAAGGCCAUUUUGUAUGAAUAUCUACAUGUAUGUUCCUCAGGUUAAAAGUAACCCAUGUAUAUAUGAAAAAAAAAUCUCUUCCCCUCUCAUGGUUACAUUGAUGAAGCAGCUCAGGCUAAAUAACCAACACAGAAUGCAACAAAUUGAGACCUGCAUGCUUUCUUAAAUGCAUCAAACAUAAAUGAACUCAGUUGAAGAAUAGGCUUAUGUUCUCCCUUGCCCCUGUUGAAUUCCUUGAGGUACUAAACAGCCUCUCAUUUGGAAAUUCUGACUUCAGAGCUACAGAGGUAAAUACAACUGUCAGAAGCUAAGUGAGCAUCCAAAAAUAUUUUUUCAGAAUAUUUCAAAUUAGUGUUGGACUGUUACUUUGUGAAAUUUCACAGAACAUAGUUUGUUUCUAUCAUGUUAGUUUGGAAGAAAAAUAGAAAAAAAAUCAAAGCUGGCAAGUUUGUUUAUUGCAUAAUGUUAUUCAUCAUUUAUGAUUUUGUUGUAAUUUUACAUUUUGCUUACUUUUUACCUUUAAUAUGGGAACUUCCUGUUUGGAUAAUGUUUCAAAAAUGUUCAAUAAAGACUUUGGAAAUUA